AGGGAAAUAUGGAUAUAAUGGUACAUGGAGUGCAAUGCAAGUAUUGCGACACAUCUGGCAGAUUACAAACCAUAGUGAUGCUUAUUUUGAUUCUGUUAUAUGCCAUUCCGUGGAUUCAAGCUGACAUAGAAAUUGUCUCACUGGAGGACAUAAAUGACGACCAUGAGAAGCGUAAUUUGUAUAGGGGGUUGCCGGCGACCUUGGAAUUCAAUUUAAAGCGAGACAGCGGUAAUAACUUGAAACUACGGCUGGAAGAGAAUAAACGUCUAAAUAAAAAUGCACCGGUUUACAGAACAGUGAUAGAGGAGGGGGAACAUCGGGUCGUCAAACUUGAAACAAAGCGUAUAGUGGGUUCCAAGUAUUACAUAGAUAAGAAAACAGGCGUUGCUGUUCAAGUGUCAUGCAAAAUACAACCCGUAGGACCUUGUCGCAGAAUCAUGGAAGGUAUUUUAGAAAUUGAUGGAUAUGGUUAUGAAAUCAGACCGUCAUCAGAAAUGCUCAAAACUCGCAGUUUGAAUUCAAGCACCCAUGUUCCUCAUGAAAUUGAAAGACAUGUCCCAUCAAAAAAACAACACGAUUCGAGACCAGAAGAUUCUGACAACGUAAAUGAUGAACUUGGAACAUCAUUUUUGCGAAAACCUGAGAUGCCGAGUAUGUUUGAAGAAAUUGCAGCCAAAGUUAAGUCUCUUGUCGCUACAGAUAUGGACAAAUCAGAUCAGGGAGUUGGUAAUAUUGAAGAAACAGCAUCACACAACACUAGAAAUCUCCAGAAUGCACAAGGGGCAGGCGACGACGAUCCAUAUCUCAAUGACUAUUUACUUCCUCCAGAUAAGCCUCCGUGGGAAAAUCAACGAUCAGUAGGAACAGGAAAGACCCAUCUUAAACGGAAUUCAGAGACAGGCGACGACGAUCCCUAUCUCAAUGACUAUUUACUUCCUCCAGACACGACUCCAUGGGAAAAUCAACGAACAGUAGGAACAGGAAAGACCCAUCUUAAACGGAAUUUAGAGACAGGCGACGACGAUCCCUACCUCAAUGACUAUUUACUCCCUCCAGACACACCUCCAUGGGAAAAUCAACGAACAGUAGGAACAGGAAAGACCCAUCUUAAACGGAAUUUAGAGACAGGCGACGACGAUCCCUAUCUCACUGACUAUUUACUUCCUCCAGACACGCCUCCAUGGGAAAAUCAACGAACAGUAGGAACAGGAAAGACCCAUCUUAAACGGAAUUUAGAGACAGGCGACGACGAUCCCUAUCUCACUGACUAUUUACUUCCUCCAGACACGCCACCGUGGGAAAAUCAACGAUCUUUUGGAAUUUUUCUACCGCAGCUAAAGGUAGGAACAGGAAAGACCCAUCUUAAACGGAAUUUAGAAACAGACGAAAAAGAUCCUUAUCUCUAUGACUACUUGCUUCCUCCAGACACUGCUCCUUUGGAAAAUGAACCACCAGUACCACAAGUAGGAACAGUACAAACGCAUCUGAAACGGAAUUUAGAGACAGACGACGAUGAUCCCUAUCUCCAUGAUUAUUUACUUCCUCAAGACACGCUUCCUUGGCAAAAUGAAAGAUCACUCGGAAGUUUUCCACCGCCACCAAAUGUUAAAACUGGAAAUGAUAAUCUGAAAAGGGAUUCAGACCGAGGAUUGCAUCACCAAGGCAACGAGACAGAAGUAAGGGGAAACAACAUACAAAAGAGACAGACUCUGAAUGAGUAUACUGUUGAAACACUUGUAGUAAUUGAUCCAUUUCUUUGGAAAAAAUACUUUGAUGCUACUAUUGAAAACAAUGGAAUGACUCAGGACGAGGCUACAAUGUAUCGACUGCGGCAACGUAUGGCUAUGCUCAUUAAUUGUGUAAAUUUAAGAUACGCCACAAUAGACGACCCCGAAAUAGCUAUUUACUUUACCAUAUCUGGUUUCGUGUUUUGUAAGGAAAACGAUGGAAGCGCUCCUCUCCCGUUGACGGUCGAUAUACCUGUCGCAAAUGGAAAACAGUAUGUUGAAGGUCCGUCAUAUAUGUAUGACAUUCCUAAGUGGUUGUGGAAGCAACAAGGUUUACCAAGCAAUGAUCUGGUCAUGGUUAUGACCAGCCUUGACCUGUACAAGAAUAACAUCUCUAGAAAUAGCGUUGCUGGAGUGGCAUUUACUGGAGUUGUUUGUGACUGGUACCGGGUUUCGUUGCAUGAAGACGCUAUGUUUUACGACAUGAUGUCCGUUGUUGCUCACGAACUCGCCCACAACUUAGGUUCACCUCAUGAUGGAAAGAAUGAGGCUGCUGAUUGUCCACCUUCUGACCAUUUCAUGAUGGAUCCAUACCUCAAAACGUUCUACGAAAACACCCCGUACACGAGAAACCCGUGGAGAUUUUCAGACUGCACUGUAAACAUAUUUAAGUCAAAGUUGCCAUCAGUUACCUGUUUGGGAAGUGACAAUGUUGUCUUCUACGACAAAGCGGAAUAUGAUGCUUUCAACGAAUUAGCACCAGGGGAAGUGUUUACACCUGAUGAUCAAUGUAAGAUGGCUAAAGGAGAAACGUCUUACAGCUGUAAGUCAGAUGAAGAUGAGAGUAUAUGCCUUAAAUUGACCUGUCACUAUAACGGCGGCUGCUAUUAUUAUCCAGCUGCCUAUGGAACACCUUGCGGUGUGAAGAGCCUUAAUAAAUGGUGUGUUGAAGGCCAAUGCGUUCCACGCUCAGGUAUUAUAACAACAGCAAAGGCACCCACAACAACAACAACAACAACAACAAAGGGACCCACAUCAACAACCCAGAAACAAUUAUCAAAAUCCUGUGUUGAUAUUGGUUGGAAGUACUGGUCAUGUAGAAAAAUCUCUAAAUACUUCAAGGCUACCUUUGGCUUCUUACCGAGUUACUGGUGUCGGGAUCCAUACUGGGAUCAUACGUGCUGUGCUUUAUGUGCGGCUCACACUAAAUUUCUUGAGGGUGGCACCACAACAACUGAACCUCCGACGACGACGACGACGGAAUGUGUAGACAAAGGGUACAAAACUUGGAAAUGCAGCACUGUAUCUGCGUAUUUCAAGAAACGCUAUGGCCUUUUGCCACAGAGAUGGUGUUCGGAUCCGGACUGGAAUGAGAAUUGUUGUGAAUUUUGCGCAAACAAUGGUGGAUAAAACAACUUCAGACAGUCAGAUUCAUUUUACUGAAAAAGACGACUGAACGUGGUCUAGAAUACAUUGCUGAAUACAAAAUGUAGAAACAAAAUAUAAUGUGAUUGACAUAAACAAGUGUAUUAUCAAAAUGGUGAUUAAAUCAUAAUGUCGGCGUGGAAGCAACCCAAACCAUGUGAGGCGUAUCUUAUUAUAAGCAGUGUAUACACGUACUUUUAAUGAACAUUUAUAUAAAAUGAUAGCAUUGAGUUGUCCUAUCAUAAGCUUCUUAAGUAGUGACUGACAGUUUGCGAACAUUUGUCAUUCUGCAUUAUGUUUUGUUUAGAUAUGACAUGCACUUAAAUAGAAGUACAUUGAUUUACUGCGAUUAAAAUAUUUGUUCAAAGU